CACCGCCUCAUCUUGUAUAUUUACUGCCAGUGAAAAUGGCCGAAAUUCAACAGAGACAAACAAAAACUACUUUCACACUCGACUAAAUGAGACGGAUGCAACGCCAACACUGUGAGAGAAUAUUGUAUGACGCAAAACGGAGUUCAUUUCGUUCCGUGCCGCCAGUGGAGUGUUGUUUAACAGUGUAAGCUUUAAAUUUUAGCUGAAGCUAAGAGUCGGUAGUGCGCACGCGCCUGUGUGUGCUCGGGCUCGCGCAGAACCGGAGAGAGUCGGUCCAAUGGCUGACCCGAGAAAAGUCCCGUUCGUCACGCUCGCCUCAUUCAGCACCACACCGACGGCACCCGAGUCAAAGAAGCGGCGACGGGAGGACGAGGAGAAUCAACCAAGUGCCGGUGUCACCGGAGGGGGGGUGUUCGGUACCGGGAAACCGGCAUCGGAUCUCAGCGAACCCAAACCCACCGUCCGCCUGAACCUGAACCUGUCAGAACCGAGCGAGCAGCGAUCAGCCGAGUUCAACUACAGCGAGCUGGUCCAGUCCAGCCUGCAGGUGAGGAAGGUUCCUCAGGGUCUCACUCCAGCUCUGGACCCCAGCGACCCGUUUGCAGAUGAAGACAAAGAGCGGCAAGAAGUCGAGGCUCUCGCCAGGAAAUUUGAGAACAAAUAUGGAAGCACUGUUAAGAAGAAGAGACAAGACCGGAUGCAGGAUCUCAUCGAUAUCGGUUACGGCUACGAUGACACGGAUCCGUUUAUCGACAACUCUGAGGCGUACGACGAGCUGGUUCCUGCGUCUCUGACCACUAAACUGGGCGGUUUCUACAUCAACACCGGCACGCUGCAGUUCAGAGCCGCGUCUGAGUCCGAGGGAGAGGACGGACGGAGAGACGCCAGCCACUUCAAGAAGGAUGGAGAGGAGCGCAUGAUAAAGAGACGGAAAAAGAAGCAGGACGGCGGUCUGGAGGAGAAGAAACCCAGGAAAUUCAAAGUAUCCAAACCAGGUGUUUCGGCUCUGAACCGUCCGGAGAAGAAGAAGAGGAAGAAGCUGAUGAACGAGACUCUGUCUCUGGCCGACAUAAUCCGCCGCUUCACGCGUGAGAAAGAUAAGAUCCGAAGGAAGACACCUGCGGCCCCCGUAAAGCUCAUCCACGCUCCACCGAGCACCGCCUCCAGCUCUGACCUGACCAUGGCCGAUCUGACCUCUGACCCGGUGGUGAUGUCACUGCUGGGCGGAGCCACAGAGAGCGACGUGCUGCAGGAGCUGAUGGGUGACCUGGACUUCAGCCUGCUGGACUGUCCCGGGCCGUCCAGUCCUGGAGCGAGUGAGAGCGGUCAGAGAGCAGGAGGAGCGGGUCGAGGGCAGAGGACGGGUCUGAUGCCUCCACCGCUUCCCCUCAGCCUUCCUGCUCCCCUCCUCAAACGCAUCGAGGACCUGCGCACGGCGUCUCGUCAGUUUGAUAUGGAGGGCAGGAAGAAGUUUUUCACACUGGACAUGAACAACAUCCUGCUGGACAUCGAGCUGCAGGUGCAGGAGCAGCCCGUGUCGGUGCGAGCCUCCGUCUACACUCAUCUGGAGGCCUUCGUGCCGUGUAAUAAAGAGGCUCUGCUGAAGCGGCUGAAGAAGCUGAGUCUGAACAUCCAGGACGACCGGCUGCGGACGCCGCUGCACAAGCUGAAGCUGGCCGUGUGCAGCGUCAUGCCCGAGCAGAUCGCCCGAUACAACAUGCACUGCAUGGCCAGAGUCACCAAGCAGCAGACGGAGGACGGCGACAGAAACGGCUCCGAGGACGACGACGACGAGAAGCCCGGUAAAAGAGUGAUGGGACCCAGGAAGAAGUUUGUGUGGGACGACACACUCAGGUCUCUGCUGUGUAGUCUGGUGCGGGUGAAGCUGGGCUGUUACCAGCUGGAGGGUCAGAGGUCACUCUCACCUGAAGAUUACCUGAAGGUCUUCAUGGAGACCGAGGUCAAACCGCUCUGGCCCAAAGGAUGGAUGCAGGCCAGGAUGCUGAUUAAAGAGAGCCGGAUGGCUCACAGUCAUCUCACUGGAAACACGGUAAAGAGGAGGAUGUUAGCGGCUCCGAAGGUGAAGCCCAAGCCUCAGGUCAGCGGUGUACUCCAGCACCCAUCGCUCUCUGUGGACUCCACCCCUCCUCCACCCGUCUCUGUGGACCCCGCUCCUCCUGCGUGGUCCCCGGCGGAGCCCCGCCAGGUCUUACUGUCGGACUCGGAUGAGGACCUGAGGUCCCCGUCGCUGGACUCCAUCUCUCACGCUCUGGCCAUGCUGAGCAGCGCUGCUAAAGACCUGGUCCAGUCCAACAGCUCUCCGUCCUCCGAGGUGCCCAAACCGUCCCAGCACCUGUGCAGCACCCCGCCUCCGCCUCUGCCUUCGCCCGGCGUGCUCUCCUCGCCCGCACCUCCAGCUGUUAAAGGCGUCCCGCCGCCGGUUCAGAGACAUUCGGUGAUUCCUGCUCAGCGACCAGCUGUGACCCCGUCCAUGAAAAUGGGUGUGUCUUCGGCGAAGCCCCGCCCCCCUCCAACGGCAUCACCUCUUCACGCCCCUCAGAAGAUUCCGGCGGGAAAAACUGUGGUCGCAUUACCAACAGGCUUCAUCCAUACCAGCUCAUCCCCGGCACAAUCGCGUGCGGCUCCCGCCACUUCUUCAGCGUCGCUUUUAAACGUCAAACCCAUGCAGACUUUCCACAUGACACCGCAAGCCAAAAACCAUGAGUCGCCCAAACCUGGCUUCAUCACACCCAUGCGAGCCACGCUCACCAAAUCACCCCACAACCCCAGCUCAAACAUCCUUAAGCUCACACCCACCUCCUCGCCCGUCGUCUCCAGACUGCCCACGUUACCCAGCAUGCACCAGCACGCCUCCAAGGGCUUCCAUGCGGGGUUCGUCUCCAGCGGUUACAGCGCCCCCGCGGGGCAGAAGACUUCCUCUCAGGGCAACACUGUCUCUGGACUCGCCAAAACAACUGCAGCGGUCACCAAGCAGCAGGCCACCAGUGUGUCAGCCGUGGCAGGGACAGCCAAUCACAGUCAGCGACACAGACAAGUGGGAGGAGCUAAUCAGGGGGUGAAGACAAUCACAUCUGUGUCUUCAGCCACAGCGUCUCCACUCUCACAGGUGUCGUCCUCCAGCGCUCUGCUCGGGUCGGCCGGUCCGUCUCUGCCGAUGGGCUUCGGGAUGCUGGGAGGUCUGAUUCCCGUCUCGCUCCCGUUCCAGUUUCCAAACCUGCUGAAUCUGCCUUCCUCUCUGGUUUCCACAGCAACCACCGGAGCCUCGACCAAUCCCAGCAGCUCAGGGUUCACCCUUCCCCAGAAUGUGUUAACGGGUCUCAUGUCAGGGGCUCAGGCCGCUCUGCCUCCACACUUACAGCUGGCUUUCUCAGAUGUCAAUCAAACUCAGGGCGGAGACUUGAAGAGGAAGACCUUAUGACAUCACAGAACCUUAACCCAGGACUGACUCCACCCACUUUUAUGCAUGAUCUGCUGGCCAGCCAAUGAGACUGAACCAUUUUAUGCAUUUGAAUAUUGAUGCUGAUAAAUUAUGUUUGUCUGAAUGAUGAUCGGUGGGUUGUACAUAUGAAUCAAUGUUUACACAGACAGACCUGAUCACUGUGACGGAGAGGGGGAGACGUGUGUGUGUGUGUGUUGACUUCUGUAAGUGAGGGUGUGUUUGUUUUGUAGGGUGUGUAUUAAUAUUGCUGAGCGGGUGAGUGACGGUGUUCCUCCCUCUCUGGUGUAGAUCCGUGUCUCUGGUACUGUUCACCAACAAAACACCCUUUAAAACCUUCAAACAAACUGAAAACCAAAUGCUGAAGGGCAUUGUCAUAUACUUGAAUUUUCAGGAUUUGUUUACUUGCAGGACAAAAGCAAAAUAAAAAUGCAGAAGCCUUAGUCCGAA